AUGCGACGGUCUCCGCCCAGGUACUCCACAUUUUAUUUUUUAGCAGGUGGCCUCCGACCAAUCUUACUGAUAUUCCCAGUGUGUGGAAGAUGCCAACGCAAAAGAGAGCUUCAGAGGACCUGUACUUACAUCACUGCGUCAGACCACCGUAGCAGUACUGUCAACCAUCAUCACUCAUCAGCUGUAGUAUCCCCACAACUGCCGACUCCUGCUACAUCUGCUCAAAUAAAUUCGGGAAAUUUAGAUGCCAUCAGCCCUCCAAGCGCUCACAGCCCCGUUAAUCCAGGAGAAUUCUCCUUCGAGGUCAGAGCUGCUGUUGAUGCAAGACUGGGACUCCCGUCCCCGAAAAAGCGGUGCCCUAUUCCUCUGACGGAUGCUCCAUUAUUUGGCUUGCUCUCCAUUCCAGACAGUAUCAAUCCCAUUGCUAAUCCCGCGGACAAUGUCCUUCCACCGCGCAGACAUGCCGAUCACUUGGUGAAUUUGUACUGGCAAUGUCUGGAUCCUCUGGAGCCCUUGCUCGACCAGAGAUCUUUCUGGACUACCUAUGAGGCCAUCUUCGACGCGAAACAGUGCCAGCAGAACUUUCUUCUUUCGAGCAUGGCAUCUGUUGCGUCCGGAGGUCAUCCUCUGGCAAGCCGGCUCAUUGGAGACUGUUCAAUGUCUGAUCCUUAUGACACAGUAUCUUCGGUGUACUUCAAACUUGCACCAGACAUGGAUGGCCUUGGGUUCCGCUGUCCGGAUUGCCCUGAGCAUCGGGCUUGA